AUGAGUUUCAAAUCAAUCAUACAAUUUGUUUCAUUGUUAAGAGUGGAGCCGUUUCUCAUAAUACUGUAUUUCAGUUCAUACUUUCGUAAGACACCGUUGGAAGUGCUUAUUCAAGACAAACUGUGCCGUAAUGUCUAUAAUAUGAGUGUCGAGUUUUGCUGUGAUCUGCCGUAUAUGACUGAUGAUGACCCGGAGAUCGACAUAAAAACUCGYAUAUUAUCAGAUGCCGUCAAAUACAAUAUGUAUCACACGUGGAUCACAAUGGCUCCGGGCAUUGUUUGGUCAAUAUUUUUAGGUCCCUGGGUAGACAAGUAUGUCAAYGGGAGAAAAGCUAUUUUCAUAGUGGGAUCCCUUACCCAAUCAAUGGAAGCAGCUAUGAAUGCAUAUAGUUCAUAUUAUUUUAGCACAGAUAUCAGAUGGAUAUUAGUAUCUUUCAUACCGUACACGUUGUCCGGUGCCAUGACAUUCACAACGGCCUACUCGUAUGUAGCGGURACCACACCAGUCAAGUAUCGCACACUUCGCAUGACUGCACUGGAAGUAUUAGUAGCUAUCGCACAACCAUUAGGUGUAUACAUAUCGGGCAAACUUAUUAACAUUCACCCGAUUGUCGGCGCCAAUGGUCAGCUCCAUAACUAUGGACUUAUAUUUACGAUCAGUAGUUUGGGUGCUUUUGUGGCCUUCCUCUGGGCUGUGUUUGUCAUCGAUCAGGAAUUUGACAAACAAUUGUUUGAUAAUUAUGUGUUAGACGAAAGUCAGGCUCUACUCUGUAAACCUGAUAAAGAAAAAUCCGGUGAACAGACAGAUGAUAACUACAGCACUGUUGUCUUAGAGCCGACCAGUGAAUACAUUCAUCCGUUAAGAUUACUGUUCAACAUAAACAAUGUCCGGGAAAUUGCCUUAACUUUGUCAAUGAAAAGACCUAAUUAUGUGAGGGCACAGAUAUGGCUGAUCAUAGCCGGAAUGUUUUGGUGCUAUUUUAUAUGGGCGGCGCCGGCAGCCUAUCUGUUUCAGUUUGUCGAAAAGAUAUACCGUUGGGAUGCACCCAUAUAUACGGAAAUCAGUUCRUUGGGCUUGAUWGCCAACUCUAUGGCCAUUAUAUUUUUAGSACCG